GCAUAUAUGCGCGCACUCGGAGAGGCUCCCGCUUCACUGACUCGACGACCGCCGCACGGAACCAUGCUCGUAGCCUGUCUGGAGUUCCUGGGCCUGGCGCUGUGCCUGCUCGGCUCGCUGCUGGUGAUGGUCGCCUGCGGGCUGCCGAUGUGGAAGGUGAGCGCUUUCAUCGACGCCAACAUCGUGGUGGCCCAGACCAUCUGGGACGGCCUGUGGAUGUCCUGCGUCGUCCAGAGCACCGGCCAGAUGCAGUGCAAGGGGCACGACUCCGUCCUGGCCUUGGCGCACGACCUGCAGACCGCCCGGGCCCUGACCAUCGCCUCCUCGGUGCUGGCGGUGGUGGCGCUGGCGGUGACGGUGACCGGAGCGCAGUGCACCAACUGCCUGAGGGACGAGGUGCUGAAGGCGCGGGUGGUGAACACCGGCGGGAUCAUCUACAUCGUCAGCGGGCUGCUGGUGCUGGUUCCGCUGUGCUGGAUGGCCAACAACAUCAUAGUGGACUUUUACAACCCGCAGGUGGCUCCGUCCCAGAAGAGGGAGAUCGGCGCCGCCAUCUACGUGGGCUGGGCGGCCAGCGCGCUGCUGCUGCUCGGCGGCACCCUGCUGUGCUGCUCCUUCUCCCAGGUGGUGAGAGGCACGAGCCCCGUAUUGGAGAGCCCCGUCAAAUACCCUCCCACCAAGGCCAUCUCCAUGAACGGGGACUUCGAUAAGAAGUACUAUAUAUAAGAAUCCGAGCUGUGUGGACGACUGUUUUAAGUAAAGAUGGACUGAAUGUUACAUUUUAACCUGGCUCAGGCAGAACAUCAUUUUUGUAACUGGUUUUAGUCCAAUUUUACACGUCACAACGGUGCUGCGCAAAAUGUCAGCGGUUCACGGAUAAGAGCAGAUAUGAAGUGGGUUCGACGCCAACAGGGUUCUGGUGAUGUCACGGUGCAGGGUGAGACUCCGACCUGUGAACUGAUGCACAGCUACUGUGUGAAUAGGUGUUUUCUGACGGCGAACAUGCGACAGACGCAUUCAGACAGACGCGCACUCACACUGUGAUCAAAGCAGGGAAUUUGCAUUUCAAUUGUACUGUAAUUUGUGCUUCAUAUUACUUUUCUAGUGUUUUAAUAAAACUUUUUCUAUAUAAACACGAA